AUGGUGCUGCAGGGCUUUUCAAAAGAUGUCCUUGCUGGUGAACCGGAUACCCUGCGGGUACAAGGUUCAGGGAAUGCGUAUCCGGUGCCACUGAUGAUUGCUGUGCUGCAUCCUAUUUUGGGUGUAAUUCGCCUGCAUCUCAAGAAGACAACCAUGGCGCUGGGAUUGCGGUCUGAUGCCUAUUUGACAGCUUGUGCCAACUUUGACAAGUACAUGAAGGAGUGCGCAGUGAAGGCGGCAGCUGCACAAGAUACCAAAGCCAAACCAAUGAAAAAAGUGAAGCCUAUGAAAGUUUUGAAAGCUAUGAAGGCCAUGAAGGCCAUGAAGAAGGCGAAAGAGAAGUCGCUGGCCAGUGCCAAGAAGGUUUCCAACGGCUUUGGAAUCUUGAGUGACUUUAAGCACGUGUUGAAAAAUGUUUGCAAAGGAGUCACACACAGUGGACUGCAGGUCUACCCAGAUGACCCCGCAAAGCUUCCUGAUGAAAUCAAAAAGCAUGCUUACCAAGAAGGUACACCUGCGAAGUGUCCUUUAGACAUCAUGACCCUGCAGAGAUUGUGCAACGAUCUACCUGCAAGGCGUACCCAUACCGCAGUCUCUGGGGGCAACAAGGGUCGCACUUCAACAAGAGACGAGUCUUUCAAGACUUGGUUUGCUGAUAUGUUGAUGCGAGGGAUGGCCAAUGGCCAUGGGAAGCAGUACAAUGCUCUUCCAGGUUUCAUGAUGUUGGACCACAAGCAAACAAAAACCGGGAAAGCGCCACAGCUAGCUUUGGAGGAUUGUGAUGAGGAAACUCAAGAAGAACAGCAGCCAAAGGUUAUCCCUGCGCAGGCCAAAGCAAUCGAUGCGAUGGCCGCUAUGAUUGGAGACCAAUUGGCUCAGAACAAAAACAACAAGAAACAAAAGAAAGCCGAGGAUUGUGAUGAUGAACCAAAAGCCAAAAAACAAAAGAACAGCACGGAAGAGAAAAAACCUGAGACCGAGACAACACUCAGUUUUCCAGGGAUCAAAAAAAGAGAUCCGAUGCGUUCUGGUGUGGCUGUGAUUUAUACCUGCCCGAAUAGCAGCAGCUGGCGAGUGAAAAAGGAAGGUGAAAAAAAGGACAAGUCCUUCAGCUGGAAAGGGAAACCAGCCAAGGAGGUUUGGCCACGCGUGGUGGACUAUGUGCGCAAGUUGAAGUGA